GGUCGGACACACACACCCCUCGACAAAAUGGCCGCUUCCAGCACUGGGACAAUUUCGAGUGAAUUAUGCGGUCCAAAUUAUUCCCAAUUUCAGUGAUUUGUUGGGGCUAAAGAUUGCUAUACAUAACUUAUCUCAUUCAAGAAGAUAGUGACAUCUGUUUUUGGUCUACGACGAGUUGUUUUUGCUGGACGAACGGCAGGAUUUUCUCUGGGAAUGGCAGACAACUGGGCAAAUUUCCCGGCAAUGUCGAAUGCCGGGGCGGCGCAGCAGCCUGCCGCGGAGGGAGCGGCGCCAGCUCCGGCCCAGGGGGCAGCAGGGGGAUUGGAUGAUGACUGGGGUGACUUUGGCGGGUUUGAGGAAGCCACACCCCCUCCUCCCGAGCUUGCCCAACAAGUGCCAGGGCCUGGCGUGGAGGCUAGCCCCUCACCAUGGGCUUCCUUUGCUAUUGCUUCCGUUCAGAAUCCCGCUGCAGGUCAGCCAGACCUCCUGAUGGCACAGGCCCAGGCACAGCCGCCCCUCCAGCCCCAAAUAGACCCCCCGUUUGCCGACCCUGUACCCCAGAGGGGCGCUGCGGCCGCCCCCGAACUCACCUCUCAGGCAGAAGCUUCCAGACAACAAGCUCAGGCCCAAGCAGCAGCUCCACCGCAGAACCAGCCUGCGAAGAAUGGCCUGGACAACAUUGAUGUUGCACUCGAUGACGACCUUUUUGGAGCUGAGGGCGCAGUCGGUGGACCACCGCCAGUCGAGAAUCACAAUGCCGCGUCAGCGGAGGCGGACCAUCUAGACGAACUGGGCAUGCUCAGUGGAGAGAUGAAUGAGCCGCCAGCCGGCCAUCGACUCAUCAAGCGUUCGUCUUCCUCCACCGAGGUUUUAGCGGCCGAGCUGACGGGGAAAGUUGCGAGGAUGGAGGAUCGGCUGUCUGCCGCGGAACGAGAAAAGAUCCGAUUACUCAAAGUUCGCGAAGAACUAACAGAGAAACUAGAUGCCCUGGAUAAAGAAGUCGAAGGUCACCGUCGCGAAGCAGAGGAGCAGAGACAACGCUACGAGGCGGUGCAAGCGCGACAUGCAACAGAGAUGGAGGAGAUACGCAAAGCGGGGCACGAUGCGCUGGCUGUCAUCGUGGAGGAGUAUAAGGAAUUAUGUAAAUGUGCAGUCCUCCAGCAGCAGGAAGCCAGUGAGAAGCAGCUGCAGGUUGCCAUCACCACGGAAACGGAGAAUUGCAAAGAAAUCCUGCAAAAUCAGCAUGACAGAUUAGCAAAUGUUCUUGAGGAAGAGAGAAAACAGAAUGAAGAGAGGAUAAAGACAGCCUUACAAGAACAAGCAGAUGCACAAAGGAUAAUGCUGGAAACCUGCUUGCGAGAAGAAAAGGAGAAAAAUCAACUAGAAAUAGAAAAGGCCAUUCAGGAAGCUCACAAAAAAAGUGAAGCAUCUCUCCAGAAGGCGCUAGAAGAGGAGAGGUCAAAGGGCAAGGAGAUGCUAGAGGUCCAAAGGUCGGAGGCUGCCAGGUCGUUAGAGGAGGAACGAAAUCGCCACCAAGAAACGUUACUACGGGAACUGGAGCAGGAACGGCAAAGAAGCAAGGAAGCCAUAAAAGCUGCAUUAGAGGAGGAGAGAAAACACCAACAGGAGGCCAUCAAACAAGCCAUGGCCAACGCCAGGCAAGGAUCCGAGGAAUACAAUGCAGAACAAAAGCGGUUGGACGCCGUUGUACGGCACCGAUCCAUGGCCAGUCUGGACCUGUUCCUAGAGAGUGCACGACAGCAGCUGAAAUCACUUAUGGACGACAAACCGGUGGGCAAUCCGGUGGACACACCCAACAACAACUCUUCCUAAAACUUACUCAUUUCUUAGCGUUUAAAGGUAAUUUAUCGAUAUUUCAAUUUUUGUACGUGUAUAUAUGAAACUAUAGUAAGGUGAUGAUUUUAUGGAAAGAUUAGACUUGUUCAGUCCUACAAUGGCCAGAAAUAGCCCUUAUCAGAAAAUGGGGAAUAUUGUCUGCGGCUAUGACUAUCCCUGUAAUAUUAAAAUGGUAAAAAAAA